AACAGACAUAGUAAUUCAAUUCACGUUGAAUUGUUAAAAGCAUGGCUUCACAAUGCGUUUAUACCAUGGAGGACGUUUUAGAGAAGAUUAUCAAGAUAGGGACAAAGGUUGAGGAGAUAGAGAAAAGACUGAAUGCAAUAGAGGCUCAACAGACUGGAAAUUGUCCAAUCGUCAAAACUCCGAAGGUUGCCUUUAGAACCCAACUGAGUUCUAAUCUCGGAACUGUAUCAUCUGGUUCCACAGUAAAGUUUGAUCAGGUUGACCUUAACCUUGGCAAUGCAUAUAAUGACGGCGUCUUUACCGCACCGUAUAGCGGCACGUAUAUAUUUUCGAUGGUACUUGGAAACCCUGCGGGAAAGCCUGGAGCCUUCUUCAUGAAGAAAGACGGCGUUGGAAUCAUAUAUGCUAUAGCUGGGCACACGACAGGAUGGAAUAUCGGCGGUGUCACCACAGUUGCUGAACUCGUUACCGGUGACCGAGUGUGGGUUGAAGGUGGAGGACAUGUGUCUGGCGCUUAUCCCACAGCCAGAUACCACACUGGGUUCUCUGGCAUUCUUGUAAAUGCAUACUGAACGGAAGCAGUGAAGCUAAUGAAAAACAACUGACUUGUAGAAUCAUUAAAUAGCAUCACUCCGCCGUCCUUGAGACAUUGCAUUCAUUCAUCUGUUACCAAAGUAAGAAACCCAGGAAAAAUGGGAAUAAAAUCAAAUUUUUGUUAUAAAGCUGUUCAUAUAAAAUGCCACAGAUUUCUAAGUUAGACGCGUCCUAAAAAGUGUGUAUACACCAAUAUGUGUAAGUGCAUUUGUAAACAAUUAAUAUCUCAUCCAUACCUUUUGUUAUUGUCAAUGCUUUUUUUUUAUUGCUUUAUAAGGAGAAUGAUUAAUAUUAUUAAUAUUAUGGUGUUGUAUUUUAUAUAAGCCAGUGUUUACAUUAAAAUUACCUUUUUCCAUUUAAAAAUUUUGCUUACUUGAUGCUGCAUGUUAUCAAACAUAUUGUGAAUUUUUAAAAAAACAAAACAAAUACAAGUCCAGAAUCUUGACCCAAGUCAGAAAUUACAGUAAUUUCUGCCCGAAAUAUGAAUACGAAGAAUCUAUAUUCGAAAGGGUCUUUAUGUGUUUCAAAGUUGCAGUGUCGAUCGAUAUGCCAAUUUUUGUAGGUUAGGUGCCUCUUCCAUUUAUAUUCCAUGAAUUUUCGUUAAAAAUCAAAUAUCAUGUGUAAGAACACACCGGCAAGAAUUGUUUAUGGAGAGAGGGAGAGGGAGCUUAUUUAUACUCGCCACCGGCGUUAUCAUAUGGGCAAGUGGCACACCGUAUACUUUUCUGCGACAAGUUUGGCUUGGGUAGCUGAAAGCUAAGUCAUGAUUUCUCAGCAGUGGGUCUGAUGAUCUUUCUCCUGUGUCGAUUCGGGAGGAUGUCAUCAACUGCCAACACCCCGGUCCGGAAAUUUUAAAAGUCAAAUUCUUCUGGAUUUUGAAUAAAGAAUCUUUUAAAAGC